CCCAGCAGGGCAUCUCAUUACUGACAGUAGUAUUAGUCAGGUAGUGCAGUCCUCUGCUGCCAUGAAACAGCUCAGCUGAUGUACCACAUUAAAAAGUGAAAAGUACUGGGAGCACAUGCUUUUGAUGAAACAAGUGUUAAUCUGUCCUUUGCAAUGGAACAGUUCAUCCAAUGUCACUGGGUAUUCCAAAUUGAGGAAAAAAAACGUAAUGGAAAUGUUCAUUUCCAUUGGCAUUAUAGUUUAUCCAAAUGCGGAGUCCAUUUCCCAAACAUCCCUGGAAAGACUGAGAUGUUUUUCCCUAAUGAACCAUGUUCUCUCCCCACUGGCAGCCAAGCACAGCACAGACACUGUCAUUGUGUAUCUACUACAGGUACAGCUGUGCACGGUGUGAGGGAUGGGACUGCCUGGUACGGCUCUCUGAAGCAUGGAUUCAUGGGCUUAUAAACUGCUCAGAAUUAUCAUGUCAUUCUCUGGCCUCAGUGGACAGAAUGGCCUUCAUUACAAACUGAGUCAAUCUAAACAAAUUCCAUAAAUCUCACCAAUAAAUGUCAGCCUUUCUAGGGGUGAGACAGUGCAUGUAAGAUAAAAAUAGUUUGCUUAAAAUUGAGAUUCGGGUACCGAAAGAAUGUUAUCUCACUUUUUUAUUUUUGUAAAUUUUUUUUUGAAAAGUUCCUUAAUUUAAUGUAAUUGUUUUUUAACACGUUAUGUGGAAUCUGCCCUAAAGCAAAUAUCCGAAACUAUCUGAGAGCGGACCCCUCGUGAGUGAAGACGAUUUGAGCCUUUGCUUGUCUGGGCACUGAUCUGAUCUUCAUUUACAAAAAGAGAAGUUUACCGCAGUUCGGACGGUGCUGGGAGGAGGGGAUAUUAAUUCAUUUAAAUUGACCCACAUCUUUAUCUGACUCAUCAUUCGUUAGGAGGGACUGAGAAAAUCAGCCGCUCACCCUAUAAAUAUACCUACAUUCUACCUGAACAAAUACACCUGCUGUGUACCUGGCUGAAUACACCUGUAUUUUAUCUGGCUGAAAAUCAUCCGGUCAUCCAUAUAAAUUUUACCUUGUAUGUAGGUAUAGAGAAUGGACUUCCUAAGCCAAGACUUUCAGGAUGCCAUUGAUGUGAUUCAGAGACAUUCCGAUGACCAACACUACGAAACCGAGUUGAAAUACUAUGAGACACUGGGCAGUCAGCUGCCACCUGUGCAGCCUGGUGUCCCCUGUUACCCCUUGACCCCCGUCUCUGAUGUCAUAGGACCUGUUUAUAACUGCACUGAGCCACCGUCCUGGGACCACAGCAUACCCGACGUCUCCCUCGGUCCCCCUACACCCACAAGUGUCCCACAGCUCUGCUCCAUGUUCCCUCCCCAGCGGAGCAGUAAAGGUCGCAAGAAGCUGCGUCUGUAUGAGUACCUGCACGAGGCCCUGCACGACGCCAACAUGGCCGACUCCAUCCAGUGGGCCGACCGCAGCACUGGAACCUUCCACUUCGUCUCCAAGAACAAAGAGAAGCUGGCGGAGUGCUGGGGCACUCGCAAGGGCAACCGCAAGACUAUGACCUACCAGAAGAUGGCGCGCGCGCUGCGCAACUACAGCCGCACUGGUGAGAUCAUCAAAGUGCGCCGCAAGCUGACCUACCAGUUCAACCCCGUGAUCCUGCAGAGGCUGAACCACACCCCCGGCCACGCCCCACGGGAAACGGUGUUCCAUCAGUACGUCCCUGCCGAACAAAGCUUCUACGGCGUGGUUCCUUCUGACUGGAACAACUGGUACGGACAAUUCCCCUGUCAAGGGGAGUAUGACCUUAACUGCGCCAUGUUACAGUCCAACGCCACAAAGGCAUGAGCCUGUCAUGGCUGAAGACAGGGUAAAGGGACUUAUAUGAAAUGUAAUGCCAUCUUGUACAUAAUGUAGCAUAAAUGGGAUAAGCACAGGGGAUAUGGUGGUGACAGUGAGCACGGCAUUAGUGCUUCCAAUCACUGAGUAAUGCGCGAUUACUGCUCACUGAGCACUGAGUAAUGAUCAGUUGAGAACUCCAAUCUGGAGUUUAGUGGUGAGUGACUGGUUAACACUGAGACAGUGUUCCUGAUGGUGUCACAAUCUGAGAAUAGGGACAAUUUAAUACUGAAACAAGUUUUCCUGAUGUUGUCUUGGAGGUGUGAUGGAUUAACAGCGAGAUAAUGUUCCUGUUGAUGUCACUGUAAGAGAGGUGUGAAGGUUUAACACUGACACAAGUGUUUGCUUAUGAUUCCAGAUUUGGAAAGAUGGAACUGUUGAACACUGAGAUGAUAUUCCUUAUAAUGUUGCUGUUUGUGCGGUAAAGCUUCAAAACUAUUCCGUGGUCAGAAGGGUGUGACUGUUUACUGACAAGACAACAAGUCUUGAUAACUUUGCAGUGAGCAAGGUAUGAUAUUUGUGAAAUUAUUUCCUAAUGUGGUUAUUUCCUGUACUUGGGGAAAUAUGUGUAUGUUAUAUUAUUAUUUUAAAUACAAUGUAAAUAAUGAUCCAAACUUGGUUCGCACACACAUUAAUUGGUUUUGUUUAUUAUUGGGGUUGUUAUCAACAUCUCAAGAUUGUUUCAUAUCUACAUGUAAAAUGUGUGUAUUCUGUUGAGAGAAUAAUUCUUGAAAUGUCAGUCUGUCUACAUCUUUCUCUCUCUCCAAACUUAAAGCAAGUUUGGACAUAAAUAAAUAUAUAAUUAAACAAAUAUAUAAAUGAA